CGGAUCCGAUCGCCACCGAGUCGAUACCGAUCCGAAUCAGUUAUUAAUAGAUGGAGGGAGUUGGGGCGCGACUCGGCCGAUCCUCGACUCGGUACGGACCAGCCACCGUGUUUACAGGCCCGGUAAGGAAGUGGAAGAAGAAGUGGGUUCAGGUAACGCCGUCCAACACUGCCGCCGCCGCCGCCGCCGCAUCCAGUAAUAAUCACCAACAUCAUCACCAACCUACCGUUAGUAGCAAUGGAAAUUCUUCUUCUAAUGGAGGUAAUGAGAACGGCGCUCAUCUUUUGCUAUAUAAGUGGACUCCUAUUAGUCAAAGCCAAAACAACACCGCCGACAACAACGGCAAUGGUGAUGCCAAGGAUGACGAUACCGCCGCCGAAGUGGAUGAAGAGCCGCCUCGUCGUAAGAUUAAGUAUAUUCCGAUAGCCUUACUCGAAGAACAAAAGAAAGAGUCAUCAGAGGAGCAUAUUGAGGAACCCAUUGAGACUGAGCCGAAUGCUUUAGCAGACCCAAAUUCAAAAGGGGAUUGUAUUAAUGAAAAACCAGACAUUAAUGAUGUACCAAUGGAAGAAAAUCAGGUUCCGGAAGAGAUGAAUGUAGGAAGGCAAGAUCUGAACGAAAGCACGUUGGAUCUGAAUGCUCGUGACGACGAAGAAGAAGAAGAAGAUUCGGAAGAAACGAAAGAUGAAGCACGAUAAAUCAUGUACCGAAUUAUUUUUAGGAUGAGAGAGUGGUGGAAUACAUGUUUCCAAAAACUGAGGUUAUUGAUGAAGCAUAGGAGAAUGAAAACAUUUGACUGAAUUCAAAUAUUGAAAUGUUUGUGGACCAAAUGGAAGAGAAUAUGGUUUCAAUUUGUAUGGAUGAUGCAUUUGCAGGUGUACUUUUUUUUUUUC